GGCGGCCGGCGGCGGCGCUGCCAUGGGGGGCGCGGGCGGUCCGGCCGGCUUCUACGUGGGGCUGGGCCUGGCCCUGGCCUCCAGCGCCUUCAUCGGCGGCAGCUUCAUCCUCAAGAAGAAGGGGCUGCUCCGGCUGUGCCGCCGCGGCCGCGCCAGGGCAGGGCAAGGAGGUCACGCGUACCUGCAAGAAUGGCUUUGGUGGACAGGGCUGCUGUGCAUGGGAGUUGGAGAAGCAGCAAAUUUUGCUGCCUAUGCCUUUGCCCCUGCAACACUGGUAACUCCACUGGGCGCUCUAAGUGUCCUUGUUAGUGCAGUUCUCUCCUCCACCUUCCUGAAUGAGCAGCUGAAUGUUCAUGGGAAGAUUGGCUGCAUCCUGAGUAUCCUGGGCUCCACGGUGAUGGUGAUCCAUGCUCCGCAGGAAGAAGAGGUUUCCAGCCUGGAGUCAAUGGCAGAGAAAUUGAAAGAUCCAGGAUUCAUUAUAUUUGCUGUGUGUGUCCUGGUGAGUUCCCUUCUGCUUAUCUUUGUGGCUGGACCCCGUUAUGGACAGAGCAACGUCCUGGUUUAUGUUUUGGUCUGCUCCGCCAUUGGCUCGCUUUCCGUGUCCUGCGUCAAAGGCUUGGGGAUUGCCCUGAAAGAACUGUUUUCUGGGAAGCCAGUCCUGAAAGAACCACUGGGCUGGGUGCUCCUGGUGUGCCUGGUGAUUUGCAUCAGCGUCCAGAUCAACUAUCUGAACAAAGCCUUGGACAUCUUCAACACAUCCGUGGUCACACCUGUUUACUACGUGCUGUUCACCACAGCAGUCAUGAUGUGCUCUGCCAUCCUCUUCAAGGAGUGGCAACACAUGGUGCUAGACAACAUCAUCGGCACCAUCAGCGGCUUCCUCACCAUCGUGUCCGGCAUCUUCCUCCUGCACGCCUUCAGGGACAUGCCCUUCACCCCUGACCUCCUGCCCCUCUUCCUGCAGCAAGACAGAGCAGACCUGCACACAUGGAGGAGUGCAGACAGACAUCAGUCAUGUCAGCACCAGCCUCUUCUGCCCUCAGAGGACAAGGGCUCUGAGAGUGCAGAGGAGGAAGAGGAGGAGGAAGGUGAAAGUGUGUGAGGAAGCCUCUGAACUGCUAGCUUUCUGCUCCCACUGCUGAGCAGUUCCACUGCAAGGUUGAACAUGCUGCCUCAGCCGCUGCUAGCUACUGCUGCACUAGCAGGAGUUGGCAGUUACCAACUACCUGCAUGAGAUGGGUGACCUGCAACUGCCAGGAGGCCAACAGGGACAGCAGCCUCCUAUGGUUACUGACAGGAGCCCUGGGAACUACCCAGUUCCUGGGAUCCGGUGCCUCUUCACUGUUCUUUUACUUGAAGAAUUGAUCCGCCCUUGUCAGGACACAGGCUUCAGCUGCGCAGAGGCCCAGAGCACUAACACAGUGCUAACCCUUACUGAAUGCGAAGACCACGCGUUUGAGGAGGCCUCGCAGCAUUUUAAAAAAAUAUACUUAGAAGAUUAACAGUCACAAAAUAAUCUAACGUGGUGCUAAGAUUACACAGAGAGAAGAUGGAUGUCUGGCUUUAAAGAUGACAUACUCAGAAUAUUAAUUCAAAAAUUCCUCUGUCAAGUACUUGUUUUGCUCGCUCUGCUAGAAUUUAUUUACAGAUUCACAUCCAAGAACAGAAUACAGCCAAAACUGGAAAACUUCAGUGGUGCUGCCACAUGCUGCUGUGGCUCUUACAGAGGGACCAGCCUCUUCACACAACAUCUGCAGUGCAGAUUGAUGAAGGACCUGCUUACUGUAUUCUAUUAAAAACCGAUUUGUUCAGUUA